ACUGGCAACAUGGCUGCGAACCUCGUGGAUCUGUUUGUUGGCAUCGGCUUGAGUGAACAAAAAGCGAAAGAAACGCUAAAAAAUGAACAACUGACACAAAACCUAAAACAUACCAUUGACCAGGCUGAGAAGUACGCCCCUGGUCAGGUAGCCAACAAGGAGGUAGGCAAGCUGCUGUACAGCCUCGCCACCAAGCUGAAGGCUCAGAUCAAGAACCAUCAGUCCAUGCUUGUGGAAUAUGUGGCCAAGAAAAAAUUAUCUGAGGCACAGCUAACUGCUGCAUUGGAGUAUUUACUGUCUAACCCAAUUGAACCUGUGGACAAGGGUCAGUUUGAGCAGGCAUGUGGAGUGGGGGUGGUCAUCACACCUGAGGAGAUUGAGACAGAGGUGGAGAAGGUUAUUGGCAAAUACAAGAAUGACCUGGUGGAAAAACGGUACCGAUUCAACACUGGACUUCUGCUGAGUGAAGCUAGGAACAGCUUGAAAUGGGCUGAUGGCAAGGCUAUCAAGAACGAGGUGGAUAUACAGAUUUUAGAUCUCCUAGGAGCAAAGACUGAUGCUGAUCGGGAGAAACCACAGAAACAAAAGGCUCCCAAACCAGCCAAGUCUGCAGGUGAUGCCCAGAAAGCUGCGGCUGCUGCUGCUGGCCCUUCUGCAGAGAACUUCCUGGGGGAGGACGGCCAUGUUAAGAGCUUCAUGGAGAUGAUGGGGGAUGCUGUCAAGUUCCACAAACCAGUAUAUCGCAAUACGAAAAUUUUGGCAAUGCCCAACCCUACCUGGAACUCCAGGAGGACCGGUCUGGGCUCACAAUCUACAGUAUAUUCAAGAUUUCCGCCCGAGCCAAAUGGUAUUCUCCACAUUGGUCAUGCUAAGGCAAUCAACUUCAACUUUGGAUAUGCCAAGGCUAUGGGCGGGAACUGCUACCUGAGGUACGAUGACACAAACCCUGAGAAGGAGGAGGAAAAGUUCUUUGUGGGCAUCAGAAACAUGGUGGAAUGGCUUGGUUACAAGCCCUGGAAAGUGACCCACGCUUCGGACAACUUUGACCAGCUGUAUGAAUACGCUGUCCAGUUGAUCAAACGGGGCCAGGCAUACAUCUGCCACCAGAGACCGGAGGAGGUGAAGGGUUACAAUAACCCAGAUUCACCCUGGAGGGACAGGCCUGUUGACGAAUCUCUGCAGCUCUUCGAAGAUAUGAAGAAGGGCAAGCUCGCUGAAGGGGAGGCAACUCUUCGUAUGAAGACGACUCUGGAGGAAGGAAAGAAGGACCCUGUUGCUUACAGGAUCAAAUUUGUACCCCACCAUCGGACUGGAGAUAAAUGGUGCAUUUAUCCGACAUACGACUUCACUCACUGUUUGUGCGACUCCAUAGAAAACAUCACCCACUCUCUGUGUACCAAGGAGUUCCAGUCCAGACGGUCAUCCUACUACUGGCUGUGUAACGCCCUGGACAUCUACUGCCCCGUCCAGUGGGAGUACGCUCGCCUCAACCUCAACUACACUGUCGUCUCCAAGAGGAAAAUAGGCAAGCUUAUCACUGAAGGAUUCGUCAGAGACUGGGAUGACCCUCGUCUGUUCACCCUGACAGCAUUACGAAGACGAGGAUUCCCCUCAGAAGCCAUCAACCUGUUCUGUGCCAAGGUGGGAGUGACAAUGGCUCAGACUGUUAUCGAUCCCGUCAUGGUUGAAGCGUGUGUCCGAGAUGUCCUCAAUGUCACAGCACCAAGAGCAAUGGCUGUCCUGGAACCCCUGAAGGUCACAGUCAGCAACUUACCCAAUGACGGCAGCGAGGUCUCUGUGCCAAACUUCCCCUCAGAUGAGAAGAAGGGAUUCCAUAAAGUUACACUCAGGAAAACAAUAUUUAUUGAACAGUCUGACUUCAGAGAAGAAGCAGACAAGAACUACAAGAGGCUGGCACUGAACCAGUCCGUCGGUCUUCGACAUGCUGGUUAUGUCAUAUCUGUCGACAAAGUCAACAAGGAUAACACAGGCAAACCCACAGAACUGCUGGUCUCCUGCAAGAAGGCAACUGAUGCUGAAAAACCAAAGGCUUUCAUACAUUGGGUGUCCGAUCCUCUCCCCUGUGAAGUGCGACUCUAUGAAAGACUGUUCUUCCAUAAAAACCCGGAGGAUACCAAUGAAGUGCCUGGCGGCUUCCUAACAGAUGUAAAUAAGGACUCUCUAACUGUGAUAAAGGGCUCAAUGGUGGACGUGUCAGUGAAGGGGCCAAAAACGUUUGACAAGUUCCAGUUUGAGAGGAAUGGAUUCUUCAGUGUCGAUCCAGACUCUACUUCAGAAUUGAUGGUAUUCAACCGCACAGUGACACUGAAGGAAGAUCCAGGCAAGAACUAGACAGUUACAAAUGGCAAACUGCCCUGACCAGGUCGUCUUCUGUCACAGACAGGUCACAUCCUCUGUCCACUCAACAAUUGUCAGUGCCAGCACAGCAGCCUGCACUUACGGCCAUAACAGAUGCUGGUUAUUACAGCAGCAGACGACACUUCCGUCUGAGGCAGACAGCAAAUUUAGCUUGAACGAUGUAAGAUUUGACACAUCAGCAGGAGGAAGGUGUUUAUGUGUAUAAUUUAUGUGUUAAGCCACGGUUUAAACAGUGUUUGUCCAUCAAAAUAAUUUGUGAAUCAUUUCAUGAUAGCUUCUUGUGAAUAAUUUCAUUGAUAUUUGUCUAUGCUCAACCAAAACAUGAUGAGGAUAUAUUUUCAGACAUAACUCUGUUGGUCCUAAACUGGUUGCACUGAGUUUCAUUGUACAUGUAUUUACAAUUCAGAAAGAAUCUCCCUGUAAAAUGAAUGAGUCUGAUACAGACAAAUCCCUCAAACAAAAUAUAUAUUAUCCAUUAUAUUUUUCUUGAGUAUAUACGUUAUGUCAUAUAUUGUCAACUAUAGAUAUAUGCCUUCGAACAUUGAAAAAGAUAAUCUAAUGGCUUUGUUCUUAACUCACUUCUUUCAAUGCUUAUGUUGUUUUGUAGACAGUGUUUAAAAUUAAGGAUAAAAUACCAAGAAUAAAAUAUUAUAGCAGAAUACCCCAAGGCCUCAAGACUCAUUUUAGGGAGGAACUAUUCGAUUUUCAUCAGGGUCAGGACUUUUUCCCAAUAAAAAAAAUUCAAGCCACAGCUUUAUUUAUAAAUAAGUAAUUGGAUAUGCCUUACAUUGUAAGAAAAAAAAUACCAGUGGCCUUUUCUUGAAGAAAUGUGUAUUUCAAAAGAUGAAAUAAUUGAGCUCCUCAACAUUUCAAAAUAUGCUGAUAUGCAUCCCAAAUCCUGGCAGCCCAUGCAUGUAUCAGCUUACCCCAUGUAUUCAGAUAGUCAUGUCAAUUUGUCUCGAAAUAUUAAAAUGAAAAGGAAACAAAUAUUUCAUCUGUCUAACUCAAACAUUUAUUUCAUUAGUAGUAGCAGACACUUAAAUCAUUAUGACUUGACACUCUAAGUGAAGUGCACUUUGAUAAUUGUAGUGUCGUCUGGAGACAGUUUGUAUUAACACCACAGUCAGAGCAGACGCAAUCUCAGUUGGAAGCAGACGACACUUAUAACAUCUAGUUGUAGGCAACUAGUGGUAGACACUACAUUGCUGGGUGGACGGUGAUGCUGUACUUGAGCAUCCUAUCUGUUUAAUAUUUGUGUCAGACCUCGCUGGUUGUAACAAGUUGUUGACAUAUCAAAACUGACAUUUCAAUCUACAUUUAAUCUCCAGGCCAGUCGUCUUCCUGUUAUGAAUAGAUAGUGAUUUUUAAGAAUUUCUUUGCUCAAUUAAACUGGUUUAUCAUCCCACCUACCAAAUCUCCAAAUGUCAACAUGCUCGGUGUGAAUAAACUCUGCAAUCACUGCGUUAAAAUUAUGAAGUUAUGAUGUGAUAGUAACAGUGUGAAUAUUGGGUGAUACGAUGAUAAAUAGCUCUCACUUUCCCAUCUUGGGAGGUGCAUAUGCAGAAAUGUAACUUGAGUAUCUGGAAAACUUUGACUCAUCACAAAAGGAGCGUAAUGAUUAGAUGGUUGGACAUUUUAUUGUCGAAUAAUUUAUUACCAGAUAAGUCUGGAUUCAAAAGGUUUAACGGUGUUAAAGUAUUCGAAAUUCAAAAUCUGAGUCAAAGGUACUCGUACCCUGAAGUUUAAGCCUGAGCAAUAUGAAGUCCUUAUAUUGACAUAGGUAACUGCAAGCCAAAGGACUAAAAUGACUGAAUAUUUAACAAGGACUAGGGUUAGCCCAGUGGUUUUAAUUAAUUUCUUAUCACACAGAAAACUCAGGUUUGAUUCCACACAUGGCUCCAUAUGUGAAUAUAUUUAUUGAGUUCCCUGCUGUGAUAUUGCUUGUAUAUUGGUUAAAGUGACAUGACAUCAUUCUGAUUCACUCUAGCAUGGAAUCGUUUGCCACAGAACAUCAUAAACCAGUUCAGAAUUAUAUUUGAUUGUUUUGGCAGUUGUAAGAUGUGGAUGACAUUUGUGCUUCAUUCCUUUGAUCACCUCCGGAACGACAUCGGCAACUGCAUUGAAGCAGAUCCAGUGUGUAUAUUGCAGUGUUUCUGCACAUCGAUGUGGUGAUAUGGAGAUGUAUCUCCCUGCUGAUAAUUUCCAGUAAUUACUGUGCUAAUACUCAUGAGACAACAAUUUAGAUAGAGAAAAUUGCUUUGUACCAAUUUGAUAAUAAACAUCACUAACAUGUGAUAUAAACUAACUAAUACAUAUUGAUAAUAUUGUGUUAUUCUACCAUUUUGUUUGUCUGAUGUGUUCAUAUUUAUUUCUAUUUAGUCAGAGACCUUGAUUUUCUAAGGGACCUGCUAUCUGUUGUUAAGGUUGGGGAUGGUUGUUUUAUGAUUUGCCCUCAGGUUUUAUGCUCAAACGAAAUUGUUUGAUGGACAAUAGGGAUGUCCUUAAAAAUUGUUUCAUGACAUUGUAAAAAAUUUUUUUAUUGAAACUGUGACUAAAAAUAUAUCUUGUAUCUGUAAAAACUUCCAGAAUAUUACAUGGUUGGUCCCGAAGGUGCAGUGUAGAUAGCACAGGUCGACUAACAUUUAAAGUUGUGUUAAUUGAAAAUAUCUUUUAAAAAAACUGGAAUCCAAAUGGACUCUAGAACAAUGCCAUAUUGCAGAACUCGUCAAUGUAGAAUUGCCAAAUCAUUCUAGACUUGAUUUGGGUUCAUUUCUUACUUUAUUCUUUAGAGUCUGAGAGACAGAUUAAUUUAAAGGCUCCUGUUAGUGGCUUUGGUUGAGGUUUGGACGUAGUUACUUCUCCAACAGGUGAGGGGGCCAUGGGUAAGGUAUUGUGUUAGCGUAGUGGUAGUAUUUAGUCUGUCGUGUGAUGCAGUUGGGAGUGGUGGGCGAUACGAUGGAUAUUGUGAGGGUGAAAUAUCAUGUGUGAUGCUUUGCAUGGAGAACUGACACUUGUGUACAAAUGUGUCUCUGUAUCAGCUGAAUGACUCCGCAAAGCCAGCACAUGAAUACAUCCUUGUUGGCUAGAGAUCAACUGUAUAUGCCAUCACAGGAUAGAAUUUCACAUUAUAUUUCCAUACCAUUUUUAAUGACCUAACAUACUUAUUUUGUUUUGUAAUGUAGUACCAUUGUAACAUCAUGGCAUGAUUUGCAUCAGUGCAUCAGUCAGACAUUGCACCUUUAUGCUUACUUACUGAUGUCCUUUGAUGACUUAGGUAUGUUCAGUAGCACCUUUAGUCUGUCGUACAGACCCUGAAGUAAAUAUAUCCAAGAAAGCCCACGCAAGUCUAGAAAAUGUGGCAAGUCUAGAUUUCCUCAGCUGAAAAUGAAGAAAGUCUCAGGGCUUCUUUUCAUUAUAUUUUUUUUACUAUGAACUUUUUUUCAGUAAAAUAUGUUCAUUUCAGAGACUAGUUGUUAGUCUAUAGCACCUUAAGCACCAGUAAUUAUGCAGCUGAAUGAAUGAACAGUGCACCUCUAUUUAUCUGAGUCAGCAGCAAGAUCAGAAGGGCCACUGUGACAUCAUAAUGAUAUGACAUCACAAUUGAGUUCCUGUCCAUGACAUACUUGUCACAAAAUAAAGAACUAAACGUUAGUCGUGCCAGUAUUGGUUUGUUAGUGGUCAUAAAUUGGUUCAUCUUUCACUAGCAUGUGUUUUGUUUAGUAUGUGAUUGUUAAACUUAAUUAGAUAUUGUACCUUCAAUUGACAUGUGUCAUGUAACUGCUGCUAAUACAUGUGAGGGGCACUGUGAUGGCUGAGGUGUCUCACUCAUCCACUCUGCAGUCCUCUUUGUAGAUAUCCUCUCGGCUUCCCAAACCUGUGAUUAUAAGUUUGAACCCUGGUUUUCUCUGAUUUUGAUUUUUAAAAAUGUCAUUGCCCUUCUGUGCUCAUGAAUUCAAUGAAGAUCAAAGAUCUGCAUCACUGCAUCUCUGCUUUGACAUCAAGCUGGCACGUCAAACUCACUCAGUGAGAUGGCCUGAGUAGGGUGGACUUGUUUCAUGUGACAUGUAGUUCCUGGUUCUGCCAGAUCUGUCCUUCACGCACCUGGCAUAGACAAUAAACUACCUGAAUCUGA